GUAUCCUCCGUCCUAAAAGCUAUCCAAUUAAUAUGCUAAUGAGCUGAUAAAUAUUUAUGAAAAAUGUUGAAUUAUGCAGAAAGCUUUCAGAGGUCCGUGCGAAAUGAAUUGCUCGCAGAACUUCAAAGCGGCGCUCUUCUAAUGAGCGACGGGGUGCGAGAUUUGCAUGCGGCUUUAAUCAGCUGCAUACUGAUUAACUUUCAUUAUGGAUGCUGCGCUUCCAGCUGUAGUCUUUGUGUUUCGCUCGCCACGGAACAAACAACUUUCCUCGGAAGCGCCGGCCGGAGCGCGGGAGCCGUUCGCUGUCGCCGAUGCCUCGUGAUCGCUCCGUAUCGUAGCGCGGGUCGUGAUCGCUCGUUUCUGGAGGGUUUGGGUCGAGCGGCCGCUGGUGGACGCAGAUUCUAGCAGCUGUCCAGCAGAUCUGAGUAAAAGCAGCAUGGAGAACCGAGCGCAAGGACUUCAAGCAGCUCAGGCCAACGGUCUGGACGCACACAAACCAAAUGGACAAGCAACAAGUGCAAUCAGCAACGCUCAGGCGCAGGCGCUGCUCCAGCAGUUGAGUUUGACUCCAGCGCAGCUGUUGCUGCAGCAGACGCAGGCGCAGCUCAUCGCCGCAGCCGUGCAGCAGUCGGCCGGUCAGCAGAGCAGCACCACUGGAGCCAAUAUCUCCGCCUCCGCGGCCACGCCCAUCACUCUGUCCCAGCCCAUCCAGAUCGCGUCUCAGCUGCAGCCGCAGGGUUUGAACCUGCAGCAGUUCGUGUUGGUUCAGCCGGGUCACUCCAUCAGCCCUCAGAUUCAGCCCCAGUUCAUCAUCUCUCCGUCUCCUCAGGGUCAGACCGGUCUCCUGCAAGCUCAGAAUAUCCUGACUCAACUACCUCAAAGCCAAGCCAGCCUCCUGCCCGCUCAGACCAGCAUCGCUCUCACCACACAGGCGGCCACACCGACGAGGAAGAUCGCGGCCAUGCCGUCUCCAGCGGCUCCCGCUCCGAAGCGUGUGGACGGCCCGUGUGUGGAGGAGGCCAGCGACCUGGAGGAGCUCGAGCAGUUCGCAAAGAACUUCAAACAGAGACGCAUCAAGCUGGGCUUCACUCAGGGUGACGUGGGGUUAGCGAUGGGGAAACUCUACGGCAACGACUUCAGCCAGACCACCAUCUCCAGAUUCGAGGCCUUGAACCUGAGCUUCAAGAACAUGUGCAAACUCAAACCACUGCUGGAGAAGUGGCUCAACGACGCAGAGAACAUGUCAGCUGACUGCGUGGUGUCGAGUGCGAGCGAGAUGUCUCCGGGUCUCUGCGAGAGUCUGAACCGGCGGCGUAAGAAGCGGACCAGCAUCGAGACCUCCAUCCGUCUGGCGUUAGAGAGGAGCUUCCUGGAGCAGAGUCAGAAGCCGUCAUCGGAGGAGAUCACACUGAUUGCGGAUCAGCUCAACAUGGAGAAGGAGGUGGUGCGAGUUUGGUUCUGUAACCGCAGACAGAAGGAGAAGAGGAUCAAUCCUCCCAGCAGCUGCAUGGGAUCAUCCGCGUCAGCCAUCAAAGCCAUCUACAGCACCUCCAACACUGCGGUGUCCAGCGGCACAAACACACUGACGGUGAAUUCUGUAGUUCCACUGAGCGCCAGCAGCAUCUCAAACCUCACGGUCGGUGGCGCUCUGGCUCAGGUGACGUCACACACUCCAUCGGUCAUCUCCAUGGCGCCGGCCAUCGCUACGCCUGCCCCCACUGUGACAUCACCAUCACUGACCACGUCUGUUACCGCUGUGAAGCAGGAGUUGAGCGCAGUUUCCUCGGCAACCACAGUCACGCAGGGGGCGGGGCAGUUGCUGGUGACGGGCACAGGACUGGGCGGAGCUAAUCUGACUGCUGUCACUGGGGGUUUGAACCCAACGAUUAUAACGCCCUCGCAGCUGACGCAAGGUGGGACGCUGCUGAGUUUGACUCCUGCUCUGGGAAACACAUUGAUGAACAACAACACACUGGCCACCAUCCAGGCAGCUCUCGCAUCGGGCGGCGCUUUGCCUCUGACGUCCAUCGACGGAAACACCGGCCUGCUGUUCGCCAACACCAGCGCAGGAAACCCCGCCUCCGGCCUGAUGACCACGCCCUUCUUCCUCAACCCAUCCGGCUUCUCUCUGCUGCCCGCCAAUCUCCUGUCAGCGGGCGGGGCUGGAGGCGGAGCUCUCAACCUGCAUGUGACCAGCGACGUGCAGCAGAGUCCUGUUGCCACGACGACGAAGAACGUGGCCUUGGCCUCGAAGGCCCAGUGAGCGCGUGCGGCUGCGAUUAAUCCUGUUGCUAUUACCAAAAACUCUUCUGACCGCUGUAGCGAGCGCAGGACUGACGAGCGACCGCCGGGUUUGUUGAAUGAUGCUGCGCGCUCUUGGACACGGUCAGGAUGGAACUUUAUUUUUGCAUUAUUUCUCAAACUAACGUCUAAAUUAACCAAAAAUGUGAGACACUUUGAUGACGGCAGAUUCUUCACGAGAGAUUAUUUGACGUAACAGAGUUUAUAUUGACUUUCUACGAGGGUUCUGUUGUUUUUAUUUGCGGCUCUGUGAAGGGCCGAUUGUAGAUUUAUAACCAAAAGCAUUUCAGAUGUUUUAUGUUGCGAGUUACUGCAGCGCGUCGGUGGAGGUUCUGCCCGAUGACUUUUAAACUAGUACUCUAACUCGACAUCACUUUAUAAAUACGGUUAGAAGGCUUUAAACUAGUAAUAAUCCGUCACAGUGAGCGCGUCUCCUGUGAGAAAUGCAAUCUGUCACACGUUUGUCUGAACACUGAUUCUGUCUGUAGUGUUGAUGUGAAUCAGCGGCGGCAGAGAGACGACUUCAUUCAGCAUGAAUCUAUUAAAUCUGUGUGAUUCCA